GCCGCGCGGCCGCCCCGAGCCGGCUCGCAGUCUCGGCCGGAGCCGGCGCCUUGCGGGAGGGUUCGAGUCCGCGCCAGGGAACUGCCGCGCGAGGGCGCGGCGCCAGCAUGCAUCCCAGAGUGCUAAGUGCUGUCACCACCACUGCACAUGCGAGGAAGCCCGAGCUCGCUGAGGAGCAGCUGCCCGUGCCCUGCUGAAACUUCAUGGCCACAGCCCCAGUGCCUGCUGACAUUGCCAUGGGCAGCGUGGGCAGCCUGUUGGAACGGCAGGACUUUUCCUCUGAAGAGCUGCGGGCGGCACUGGCUGGGUCCCGGGGCUCCCGCCAGCCGGACGGGCUCCUCCGGAAGGGCUUGGGCCAGCGUGAGCUCUUCAGCUACCUACACCUCCCCAAGAAGGAUGGCAAGACCGCCAAGCGGGCCCCUCGGAACGAGCCUGCUGACUAUGCCACCUACUACAGGGAACAUCCUUGGGCUGGUGACUUCAGCAAGACUUCUCUGCCCGAGCGGGGUCGCUUUGACAAGUGCCGCAUUCGCCCGUCCGUGUUCAAGCCUGCAGCGGGCAACGGGAAAGGCGUCCUGUCCAUGCAGGGCCUGGCGGCCCAUAAGGGCCAGAAGCUGUGGCGCAGCAAUGGCAGCCUGCACACGCUGGCCUGCCACCCGCCCCUCAGCCCGGGGCCCCGGGCCAGCCAGGCCCGCGCGCAGCUGCUCCACGCCCUCAGCCUGGACGAGGGCGGCCCCGAGCCCGAGCCCAGCCUGUCUGACUCCUCCAGUGGGGGUAGCUUUGGCCGCAGCCCCGGCACCGGCCCCAGCCCCUUCAGCUCCUCCCUGGGCCACCUUAACCAUCUCGGCGGCUCCCUGGACCGGGCCUCCAGAAGCCCCAAGGAGGCCGGGCCGCUGGCUGUGCUGAGCUGCCUGCCCGAGCCACCGCCACCCUAUGAGUUCUCCUGCCCUACCACCGAGGAGGUGGUGGCCGGGCUGCCCGAGACCUGCGGGGAGCUGAAGAGGGGCCUUGGUGUUGAGGAUGGCCCUAGUGCCUUCACGCAGGUGCUCGAGGAGCGCCAGCGGCUGUGGCUGUCUGAGCUGAAGCGCCUGUACGUGGAGCGGCUGCACGAGGUGGCCCAGAAGGCUGAGCGCAGCGAGCGCAGCCUGCAGCUGCAGCUGUUCAUGGCCCAGCAGGAGCAGCGGCGCCUGCACAAGGAGCUGCGGGCUCAGCAGGGCCUGGGCCCCGAGCCUCGGCCCCCCGGCACCUUCCCCGAGGCCGACCCCAGCACACGACCGGAGGAGGAAGCCCGGUGGGAGGUGUGCCAGAAGACGGCGGAGAUCAGCCUCCUGAAGCAGCAGCUGCGGGAAGCCCAGGCGGAACUGGCCCAGAAGCUGGCCGAGAUCUUCAGUCUGAAGACGCAACUUCGGGGCAGCCGGGCCCAGGCCCAGGCCCAGGACACGGAGCUGGCCCGGCUGCGGGAGGCCGUGCGCAGCCUGCAGGAGCAGGCCCCUCGGGAGGAGGCGCCGGGCAGCUGCGAGACCGAUGACUGCAAGAGCAGGGGGCUGCUGGGGGAGGCAGGGGGCAGCGAGGCCAGGGACGGCGCGGAGCAGCUGCGGGCCGAGCUGCUGCAGGAGCGGCUCCGGGGCCAGGAGCAGGCGCUGCGCUUCGAGCAGGAGCGGCGGACGUGGCAGGAGGAGAAGGAACGUGUGCUGCGCUACCAGCGGGAGAUCCAGGGGGGCUACAUGGACAUGUACCGCCGCAACCAGGCACUGGAGCAGGAGCUGCGGGCACUGAGGGAGCCCCCCACGCCCUGGAGUCCUCGGCUCGAGUCCUCCAAGAUCUGAGGCCAGCGGAGCGAGCUGGCAGCAGAAACACUGUCAGAAGGCGCCCCAGCCCUCCCUUACACUGGUCUAGGGCGGCAUCCGCAGGGGCCAGCCCCGGGCAGGGGAGCUGCAGAGAGGAGAGAUCCAGUGGGGCCGUGGGCUGGGCAGGUUGCCUGCAGCGGGAGCCAGGGCAAGGCCCUCCUGGUAGAAGAGCACCCAGGCAGGGGGCCCAGCCCUGCUCCCUAGAGUGGGUGUGGCCCAGGGCAGGAGGCUGGGGAGCCUGGAGCCCGGAGAUGCAGGAGGGCAGGCACGAGGGACGGAGGCUGCAGCCCUGGGCCGAGGCCAUCUCCACAGAAGGAGGCUGGGCUGGGAACAUCAACCUCCCUUGGAAUGAAACCAUGUUUUUCACGAGGAGUCCCCAGGGCAUGCGUGGAGCCUGUCCCUGGCCUGAGUCUAGAGCACUGUGGAUGGGGCCGGGCACCGACCAAGGCCGCAGCUCAUCCCAUGGCUCCCCCACCUGUCUGGCGUCUGCCGGGCCUAUGUGUGUGUGUCGGAGGGGUCCACGCUCCUUGCCCGACCCCCCCAGCCCCAGCAGCACAUAGUCCUCAGCUGCUGUGUGGGCCGAGAGUCUUUUCUUCAGCACCAGUGCAUUUUUCAGCAAGAACAAUAAAUACCAGGGAGCUCCAGAAAAAUAAAAGGGCAAGUCAACCGAGCCACUUGGAGAACGUGAGCUGUUCUCUUGGUGGGAAGUCUGGGCCCCAGGUGCCUUGGCCCCUGCUGUGUUGGGGCCAGCCUGAGACAGCCUUGGCUGGAGCAUCCAAAGGCCCCGGCCCUCCCCUCCCAGAACCCACCUCCGUCUUUCUGUCCGGCUGUGGGCCCUCUCUCCAGAGGGGUGGGGGGCCCUGGGAGGUGCAGGGAAGAGGUAGGGGGAGGCAGCGGGCACUUGGUAGAGGGCCUUUAGCACAGCGAGGGACGGGACCGUGUCCCCACAGGCAGUGGGACUGCGGGGUGUUUGUUAAGCAGAGAUAAAACAUGAGCGAUUUGUGUUGUGGGAAGUUCUCUCCCAGAAGGAAGCACCUGCCUCCUGUCCUAUAACAGGCUCCAGGACUGUCAGUCCUUUCUAUCUCUGCUCUCAGCGAAGGCUCCUCCCAGCUUCUCUAAAAACCACACCCACCCAGGCCUCUCAGGGGUCCAGCUUCCCCUCCAGGCCUUUGCUCCCCUCCUGGGUUGGUGGCCUGGAGCACAGGCCAGCGUGGCUGUGCCAGUGGUGUGGCCCCCUCCCCCUGACGGGAAGCUCCUCUUCCUUACGGAUGCAUCAUUGGGCCGCUGCUGAGCAUUGAGCACUUACUUACUCUCUACUGGGUGCUGUGCAGGGACCUUGUGGGCCUGGGACACAAGCCGAGUUAGAUGUGCUUCGUGUCCCAGGGGAGCUGGCAUGCCAUGUCUGCCCUCUGUCUAGUCCCUUCCCUAAUAGUGCAGCUCAGGGAAACUGAGAAGUUGUCUGCUGAGAACCCCAGGUGGCUCCCCUUGGCUGUGCUCCUGUCCUCCAGGGCCAUGCCUGACAGCUUCCCAGGCCGGGCAGGUGUGUCCUGGCCGUGGAGUGGGGUCACUGUGCUGGGAUGUGGGGGGGACUCUACCUUCUUAGGGCGGAGAGUAGGGUGUGUGAGCUGCCUGCCGUGGGGCUGGCGUGUUUAUGGCUCUGUAAGUGGCAGGUGUGGAGAUGAGCCUGCGGAUGGGGGUGUGUCCCGGGGGGGUGUGUUUGGAGCACUGGCCUCUGGAAACCAGCUCGUGGCCCCGCCCUCUGCCCCAUUCCUUCCUGCCAGCCCUAGUCCCUCUUAGCCCUGGCCAGGCUGGGUGGAGCCUAUGACCCAGACAGACCCCUGGGCGUGGCUGACAGCCAUCACAGCCACACCUGAGGAGGGAGAGGGGAGCACCCAGGUUAGGCAGGUCAGUCCCCCACAGACCUUGGUACCCAUUCCCAUUUCACAGGCUCCUCUAAACCCAGGUCUCUGGGCCAGUGGCUCCUCCAGAGGGCGCCCCCCCAGAGCUGGGUGCUGGCCUGAAGCCUGGAUCAGAACCCCCUGUAGCCAGGGGCAGGUCAGGCUGUGCGCCCACGUGCCCCCGGGUGGCCGGGGUCCACCUCGGUACAGCAGCUUUGCAGAACAAUUCCCCACCCAGCAAUUAGGGAGCUGUGCCGGCCAGUGCAGCCAUCAGGGAGUGGGUGGGUGGCACCAAAACUUGGCAGCUGUGCCAGAAACCAAGGCCUGGCCCAGACGCGGGGGGAGGGCGAGAGAGAGCCAAACCUGGGGGACCGGAUCCCUGUUAGCUCAUCCGUGCUGGGCAAACCAGUUCUCGGGUCCCCAAGCCGGCUGGGUGGCUCUGGGGCCAGCUGAUCACAGGUGUCACUGUAGGGGCUACUGCUUCAGGGCGGCCCCUCCCUCCUGCCCUCCUGCCCUCAGGCUCAGCAGACUAGGCAGCCGAGUUCUGUCCAGAAAUGGGGCCACCUCCCCGCACGGGGCACCCUGCCUUGGUGCCUCCUAUUCUCUGCUGAGAUAGUGUCUUACCUUCCAGCAGCUCUCUGGACUCCUUUGCCUGUCACUUGAGGCUUCUGAUGGUGGCCUCCAGGGUCACUGAUAGUUGUGCCCCUUCUGUCCUCAGCAGCCCCUCCUAGCCCUCUGGACUUUUGUCCUCUGGGCAGAGUCCUCAGGGUGCUCAGGUCUUGCUUCCUCUGGGAAGCCCUCCACGAAGUCACCCCUAUCUACCCUGUGCCCAGAGCUUCCUCUGCAUGCUGCUGUAAGGUCGGUUUGCAUCCAUCCCCUUUGGGCGGCGGGCAUUGCCGGGACAUGGCAGUGUCUUCUGUUUUCACCCCCAAGCCUGCUCCCGGCUGCAGCCCCAGAGGGCACUGUGGGGAUGCAGAGUCAAAGUGACCAGACCCCUCUGCCCUGACCGGAAUGGGUUUGAGCAGGACUGGGGUGGGAGGCUCCACCUCUGAACGCUCGUUCCCCGUUGCUGGGCGCCUGGUCCAUGCCAGGUCUGUGCCAAGCCCAGGGCUCCAGAGCCAGUUGCCAUCCAUUCCACAGUGAUGUGCAGAGGGGCUUCCUCAGGGCUAGGUGUGGUUCUCUCGGGUGAGAAAGUCAGGGUGGCCAAGGCGCUUGGGCCCCUGCCCUGGUAGGGCUUGCCUGUCCAAAUAGUGACCAGGGCCAGGCAGGAGAUGCGAGGAGCAGAGGACAACCUGGAGAGCUCAGACACACAGAGCCCUGGAUUACACAGGGGCCUCUGUGGUGAUGAGCACAUCAGCAGAGGGAAGGCAGAAGGGCCCAUCUGAGAGCAAAUUUCUCUGAGAUUAGCGGGCCUUUCUCCAAAGAGAGUGUAGACCCCAUAGAUACCCCACCACCCUGAUGAGUGGGGGCUUAGGCCUCCCUGUUGGAUUCAGAAAAGAAAAAUAAUGUGAUGUUUCUUGCAAUAAAACCAAAAGUAGGCCGGG